AUGUGUCGCUCUAAUACCAGGGAGGCAGUUCCGACUUGUAACAACGAACGGUGGAUUUUACUUUUCCAAACAGGAUAAAGUCACUUCAGGAUGACAACAGUGAUUUCUAAAUUCAUUAUCAAGACCCUGUGCGACAACCAGGGAUGUCUGGACUUCAAGCGCUUGGAUGAGACGAUCGCACAGACUUUUACUGUUGCGGAACCUGUCCUGAGGAGUGUCCUUUUCGACGACGGUAAAAUAGCCAUUCUGCAGGGCCGAGAUGAGGUCAGCGGCGGUCUGAUACUGUGCCCGGACAGUCUGGUGGUGGCCAAAACUAGUGUGCGGAUAUGUCAGAAAAAACCUGGAGAGUGUCAACGGUGCGAUGGUUUGCACCUGUGCAGGUAUUUAGUUUGCGGAGAUUGUGUGUUUGGACACAAGUGUAAAAAUCCCCACAGCCUGGUUUCUCCCCACAAUGCAGAGAUUUUAAAGAGAUAUGGCCUUCAUGACCUGACAGAGAAACAGCUGUUCCAGCUGUUACUGCAGAAUGAUCCUUACCUACUCCCUGAGAUCUGCUCCCAUUACAAUAAGGGCAGUGGUGUGCAUGGUUCCUGCAAGUUUACCACCUCCUGCACCAAGCUUCAUAUAUGCCAGCACUAUUUCAUGGGUGACUGUAAGUUUGGCCCUUCCUGCAAGAGAGCUCAUAAUAUUGAUGCACAAGGAACGAAGAUUUUCAGAGGAUUCAGUCAGGAGAAUAUUAAAAACCUUUACCAGCUCUACAGAAAUAAAUUCAUCAUCAUGGGUCAAGGAGUUACUGCUGUUCCUGUGCUGCCAGAGGCAAGAAGCCCCACUCAACAGCCUUCCCACAUCAACCCUGGCUCCCCCACCAGUUCUACUUGUCCACUGGAAGCCCUGAGUGAUGCUGACAGGAACGAAAUCUGCCUCUACUUUAUUCGCACACAGUGCCGCUUCCAAGAGAAGUGUGUUCAUGUCCAUUGCAGCCUGCCUUAUAGUUGGCAGGUUUUAGACAGCGAUGGUGUGACCUGGAAGGACCUGCCCAAUAUGGAGGACAUUGAGAAGGCCUACUGUGACCCAGAGCAUGACACAAGCUGCAUGGAUCAUCCAUCUCUCACCUCAAGGCUCUUCAGUGUUUUAAGCUUCCAAAGCUCUGCAUCCCCUAUUGUGCAGUUUGUUAACUUUACGACUAUGACUUAUGGAGGGUCUCCAGUUCGUCGCCUGUCCACUGCCUCCUCUGUUUCAAAGCCACCUCACUUUAUUCUUACAACACAGUGGCUUUGGUACUGGAAGGGUGACAAUGGGAAAUGGCUGGAGUAUGGACAGGGUGAUUUGGACACUUCUGUCACUUCUCAGACUUUGGAGAAUGUGUACCAGGCAGACAGAGAUACACCGAUUGCCAUUAAUAUCGGCAAGCAGCAGUAUAUUCUCCAUUUCAGAGGUGACAAGGAAACCCAGCAGAUGUAUCAGGAGAAUGUAAAAUACAAGACCAGGAGAGAGGUCAGGAGGAGGCCAUGCUUUGUGUCUGCAAAUGACGUGAAGGUGAAGCUGAACAGUGCAUCAUUGCACAGCUCCAGCUCUUCCACAGCUGACAGUGCCCCAUCCCACUGGGACAAGAAUGCCCUACCUGAUUUUGGAUACAAGCUCGUACUUCUGUCCAAAUCAAUGAAGGAAUACACUAUGAUUGAGAAACUGUUUAAGCGCACCAUGCCUCACAGUAGAAUUAACAGCAUCCAGAGGAUCCAGAACCCCUCACUGUGGAAAGUCUUUCAAUGGCAAGAAGAGCAGAUGAUCAAGAGAAAUGGAGGGAAAUUUGUAAACAAGCAGUACUUGUUCCAUGGGACAGAUGAGUCCCUGAUUGUGGCUAUCUGUGAGCAAAACUUUGACUGGAGGAUGUGUGGUGUCCAUGGCACGGCCUACGGCAAAGGGAGCUACUUUGCCAGAGAUGCAUCCUACUCAAAUAGAUAUGCCAAGGCCGGAAGAAAGUUGAACAAGACCAUGUUUGUUGCUUUGGUCCUGGUGGGGGAGUACACCAGAGGACACAGCAGCUAUGUCCGCCCCCCACAGAAAGAACACAGCAGAGACUUCUAUGAUAGUUGUGUUGACUGUGAGAGCAACCCCAGCAUCUAUGUUGUGUUUGAAAAACAACAGAUUUAUCCAGAGUACGUUAUUGAUUACAUAUGAGUCACAAUGCUGCUGUUUACUUUUCUGAAGAGAUCGGGCAAGGGGCAAACUAUUAUGGGACUGUCUUCACUUUAACUGGUAGCAACUAGUGGCUUUUUAAA